AGGUCUGGCGGCGCUGGAAGAGCCGCCAGAGGCGUGGGGAGUCGCGCAGCAGGUUUCCUGACUCUGCGCCCAGCGCGGGAGGGGCGCCCGCGCAGGACAGGGCGUCUGGGUUCGCACGCUCCGGCCCGUUCCCGGCAAAAUGAAGGACCGGCUAUCAGAACUUCUGGAGUUAACCAAGCAGUAUGACCAGCAGUUCCCAGACGGAGAUGAUGAAUUUGAUUCGCUCCACGAGGACAUCGUGUUCGAGACGGACCACAUCCUGGAGUCCUUGUACCGAGAUAUCCAGGACCUUCAGAGUGAAAACCAGCAGCUCUCGGCGGACGUGAAGCGGCUGGGAAAGCAAAAUGCCCGCUUCCUGACGUCCAUGCGGCGUCUCAGCAGCAUCAAGCGCGACACCAACUCCAUUGCCAAGGACAUCAAGACCCGGGGCGAAAACAUUCACCGCAAGCUGCGCGCCAUGAAAGCGCUGAGCGAGGAGGCCGAGGCCCAGCACGGACCCAACUCGGCCGUGGCGCGCAUCUCGCACGCGCAGUACAGCGCGCUCACCCGCAACUUCCAGCGCGCCAUGUACGAGUACAACCAGGCCGAGAUGAAGCAGCGCGACAACUGCAAGAUCCGCAUCCAGCGCCAGCUGGAGAUCAUGGGCAAGGACGUCUCGGGUGAGCAGAUCGAGGACAUGUUCGAGCAGGGCAAGUGGGACGUGUUCUCCGAGAACCUGCUGGCCGACGUGAAGGGCGCGCGGGCGGCCCUCAAUGAGAUCGAGAGCCGCCACCGCGAGCUGCUGAGGCUGGAGAGCCGCAUCCGUGAUGUGCAUGAGCUCUUCCUGCAGAUGGCGGUGCUGGUGGAGGAGCAGGCCGACACCCUCAACGUCAUUGAGCUCAACGUGAAGAAGACCGUCGACUAUACCGGCCAGGCCAAGGCGCAGGUGCGCAAGGCCGUGCAGUACAAGAAGAAGAACCCCUGCCGGACCAUCUGCUGCUUCUGCUGCCCCUGCCUCAACUAGCAGGCUGGCUUGCAACACCGCGCCCCAUCCCAACACGAAUGGGCUGGGAAUGAGCACUGGGAAAGAUCUGGGGGCUCCCUUUAGGGGGGUGAGUUGUCUCAACCCUUGUGGGACCUCAGUCUUCAGAGAAAGAAGAAACUCGAGAUCUAAAAAUUCCAACCCAGCCCAUGCCUGGGACGAUGGUUGAUGCCGUCCGAUGUUUCUUCAGUAAGUACAGAGAUACCCACUGAAGUUGUGCGAAGUCAUUAUAUGGCAAAUUGCACCCUUGCCCUCGUCACUGAAGCCAAAUAAAGAACUGACGUUGUAGCGUAUUGUAGGGUCGUUGUCCCAGACACACGUUCUAACGAAACUCUAGGAGGAAGUCAAUUCCACAUUGGCUAACAGUACAAACUUAUCAAAAUAAAUUUCAUGUACCCUGUCUGGAAAGGACCUUGGUUCUGUUCAGUUUUCACGCCUUUCGUUUCAGAUUCUUUAUCUGAUUAAUGCCGUGUGACUCGGGCCUACAAGUGUAUCUUCUUUCUGCUCACCUCCGUACUCAUUCGAAGGCCAGAACUCAAGCCGCACCAGCCAGGGCUCACCUCCGUACUUACAAAAAUCACAUUUUAACACUCACUAUUUUCUUAUCUCUUCACUUUUAUUAUCUUUCAUGAGGCUAUAGUUUGGGAUCCCCCCCAAACAUUUUUAAGCACUGGGUUUUGAACAAGCACUCAAA